AUGGUCCGUGUCAUUGCCGGUAGCUUCGCUUUCGCCGCAGCGCUCGCUGGUGCCGCCGCCCACAGCCCCGCGUACAUCUACAAGUUCGAUGCUGCGGACACUGCGGGCGUAGACGGCGCCAUCCAUGUCAAGUACGCGGGCGAAGACUCGACAACCGCCACCAUCACGGCGGAGCUCGACUUCUCCAGCGUGGACCAAUCUGCGAUCCAGGCCUUCGACGGCAACUGCACGGAGGCCGUGACGAGCUACAAGUGGCACAUCCACACCAACUACGCGGCCGACCCGCUGGUGUGCGAGAAGGGGGAUCUCUCGGGCAAGUUCGGCGCGUUCAGUCUCGGUGAGUAUGCCGCUGUGUCUGAGGAGUGGACCGACGAGCACUUCCCGCUGCCGUCCGAGAGUUCGCCUACUUGGAGCGUCGUGCUGCACGCUGUGUGUGGCACUCAAACUCCGCGCAUCGCUUGCGCUGUGAUUCAGGAGGUGGCGCUUGAAUACGAAGAGGGAAGUGCAAGCGAGCACGAGGACGCGAGCAAGGAAGACGACGGAUCUGGAGAGCAGCAGGAGGAGCACCAUGACGACUACGCAGAGGAGGAAACCGAGCAGCAGGAGGAGGAGCACCAAGAUGGCUACGCAGAGGGAGAAACUGAGCAACAAACCACUGACGGCUACACGGAUGAGCACGAGGAAGAGCAGACCGGUGAAUACGAGCACACGGGCGAAUCUUUGCUGCUUCGCCGCACCCGCGCUGCGCCUCGAUCCGCCCUUGCGCGCGCCUUCGCCACUAGUGAACACGCUCUGGAUGCGGCGUAUCGACAGCUGCUGGAGUUGGACGCGUCCGACGCUCUGACGGUCACAGACGCGCAGUCCACCGCGGUCAACAUGGCUACACGAGGGUACUCGGUCUUCCUGCACCUGCCCACAGGUGCAGGCAAGAGUUUGGCCUUCCAGGCGCCCGCCCUGGUGACCGCAGCAGACCAAACAACACUCGUCGUGUCUCCACUCAUUGCGCUCAUGCACGACCAAGUUGCAGCGUUGAAACGCAAAGGGGUCAAGGCCAUUCAAGUUUCCGGCGACGAGAGGAACAAGGCCGUGCCCUUGACGCAACUUUUGGACGGCCAGAGGCUCGUGUACACGACGCCGGAGUUUUUGCAGAUGAACGCGGAGAUGAGGCGGUGGGUGCGUGCAGCGAGGAAAGAAGCUCGACUCGCGCGGAUCGUGCUGGACGAAGCUCACUGCGUGCUGGAGUGGGGGAACACGUUCCGCCCCGCGUACUUGGAGCUGUGCCACUGGAAGACUCAGCAUCUGAGCGACGUACCGGUCACAUUGGCGACGGCGUCGGUAUCGGACGAAGACAUUGAGCGGUUGGCGGAGCUGUUCAACUUGACGCUGGUGACGGACCGUGAAAACCUGAGGAUGGAGGUGGUGAGGAAGACGUCGAAGGCUGCCGAGUACAUUGCCAAGAGGGUCGGCAAGGAGACGACGAUCGUGUAUUGCAUGACGCGGAAGGAGGCGGAGGACGCGUGCUUGGCUCUAGUUCGGGUCGGGUGCCAUGCCGGUGUCUACCACGGUGGGUUGCCCCGCAAACGCCGCGAGUUUGUGCGCAAGCAGUGGAUGAUGGGACAAUUGACCAUCAUUUGUGCCACCAGCGCCUUUGGGAUGGGCAUCGACCGCUCGGACGUGCGCUUCGUGGUGCACCAUUCCACCCCGCUGUCUCUCUCGGCUUACUCGCAGCAGAUUGGGCGAAGCGGGCGGGACGGGAAGCCUGCAGUGUGUGUUUUGCUGUAUUCGGAAGCAGACAAGAGCCGAGCUGAUGCCCUCACGACAGAAAGACUCGACUUGGACGGCACAGGAGCGGGUGCAAUGUCUAACGGGAGCUCUCGAGGCGAACUGGAGGACGUCGCUGCCUUCUGCAAAACGACCACAGGUUGUCGAAAAGAGCUCCUGUACGCGCACUUCGGCUUCCGCUUCGACACGUCUCGAUGCGUUCGGAAUUGCAACUGCGGCGUGCCACUUGAAGCUGCCUCUGAUUCCUGGCAUGACGAAGAGGUGGAAUUGGAGAAGGCGCCGAGUGGAAUGAAGGCUGAGGAGGAAGAUGCGAUUCCCAAGGGCACUAUCGAGUACCAGUACCAAAAGAUUCUGGCCGAGUCCAAGCGGCUGAAACUUCCCAAGCGAGAAGCGCUCUCGCGUCGACUUGUCCGGGAUGUGCUUGAGGCAGAGCCGGCAUCAGAAGAAGAGAUGGCAAGUAUGCGAGGAAUUGGUCCAGCCAAGGCCGAGAGAUACUUCCGAUUGUUUCGAUUCAACUGA